AGCGCAUUGCGAUUUGGAAGCGCGAGCUCCGCUGGUGGCGGAAGUGGUUGCAGUCGGUCGGUACCGGGUAGUCGCGAUGGCGGCGGUGGGUUCGGAUGUCGAGUCGCUGCCGCGUGGGGCUUUCCGCUGCCGCCUCUGCCACGUCACCACAGCCAACCGACCCAGCCUGGAUGCCCACCUGGGAGGCCGGAAGCACCGGCAUCUGGUAGAACUACGAGCUGCCCGAAAGGCUCAGGGGCUUCGAAGUGUGUUUGUCAGUGGCUUCCCCCGGGAUGUGGAUUCUACUCAGCUCUCUGAGUACUUCCAGGCAUUUGGACCUGUGGCCAGUGUCGUCAUGGAUAAGGACAAGGGAGUGUUCUAUGUUUUGGGGACGGAAUGUUCCUUGGUGAGGGGACAGCAGGAGAGGAAUUCACUCAGCUCAUUCCAUCCACAGCCGGUCCCUAAGGCUCCGGAGUCUCCGUCCUUGGACUCGGCCCUCGCAUCCCCGCUGGAUCCUCAAGCCCUGGCCUGCACCCCAGCCUCCCCUUCAGACUCGCAGCCCCCAGCUUCUCCCCAAGACUCGGAAGCCCUGGACUUUGAAAUCCCUUCCUCCUCCGUGGCACCCCAGACUCCGGACUCGGCUUUGGCCUCCGAGACCCUGGCCUCUCCCCAGUCCCUGCCUCCGGCCUCACCGCUGCAGGAGGACCGGGGAGAGGGGGAGCUGGGGAAGGCUCUGGAGCUGGCAGAGGCCCCGAAGGGGGAGAAGACCGAGCAGGGAGCCACGCUGGAGCUGGUGGGGUCCAUCCUUCGGGGCUGUGUUCCUGGAGUGUACCGAGUCCAAACCGUGCCCUCUGCCCGGCGCCCCGUGGUCAAGUUCUGCCAUCGGCCUUCAGGUCUCCACGGGGACGUCUCCCUCAGUAACCGGCUGGCCCUGCAUAACUCCCGCUUCCUGAGUCUCUGCUCCGAGCUGGAUGAGCGGGUGCGGCCCCUGGUGUACACCCUCCGCUGCUGGGCUCAGGGUCGAGGGCUGACAGGGAGUGGCCCCCUUCUCAAUAACUACGCCCUGACCUUGCUCGUGAUCUAUUUCCUUCAGACCAGGGACCCUCCUGUGUUGCCCACUGUGUCCCAGCUCACCCAGAAAGCAGGUGAGGGUGAGCAGGUGGCGGUGGACGGUUGGGACUGUAGUUUCCCCAGAGAUGCCUCGAGACUGGAGCCCAGCGCCAAUAAGGAGCCCCUGAGUUCCCUGCUGGCCCAGUUCUUCUCCUGUGUGUCUUGCUGGGAUCUUCGUGGCUCACUGCUGUCCCUUCGGGAGGGUCAGGCACUGCCUGUGGCGGGGGGCCUGCCCUCCCACCUCUGGGAAGGCCUGCGUCUCGGCCCCAUGAAUCUCCAGGACCCCUUUGACCUGAGUCACAAUGUGGCAGCCAACGUAACCAGCAGGGUAGCCGGGCGGCUACAGAACUGCUGCCGAGCGGCGGCCAGUUACUGCCGAAGCCUCCAGUACCAGCACCGUUCUUCCCGGGGUCGGGACUGGGGGCUGCUCCCCCUUCUGCAGCCCAGCUCCCCUAGCGCCCUGCUGUCUGCAACCCCCAUCCCCUUCCCUCCUGCUCCCUUCACCCAGCUCACUGCUGCCCUGGCCCAGGUGUUAAGGGACGCAUUGGGGUGCCAGCUGGAACAGGGAACCAAGAGACUGCGGCCAGAGGGAGGUGGAACGGGGGAUUCUCCCCGGGAAGGGUCACGCAAGAGACUGAAACUAGACAGACAGAAAAACAGCUCCGAGGACGGGGAGCAGGAGCAGCAGGGGUGUGCAGGGGACCCGAGCGAAGAAGGGUUGGAAGAAAUGGUUAUAGAGGUUGGAGAAGCAGCGCAGGACUGGGCCCUGCAGAGCCCUGGGCAGCCAGGGGCGCCUCCCCUGCCGACUGCAAAGCUUCUGGCCCCUGGAGAAGAGGAGCCAGGCCAUGCAGUGCUGGCAGAGCAGGGCCACGCAGGACCUCAGGCGGCCCAAGAAGGGGCCCAGGUUGAGACAAGGAAGGGGGCGUCGCUCUCUCCAGUGAGCUGGCGCUGUGCCUUGUGGCACCGAGUGUGGCAGGGGCGGCGGCGCGCCCGGAGAUGCCUGCAGCAGCAGACCAAGGCAGGCGCCACAGGCGGGGCGGGCACGGGGGUGGAGUGGCUGGCGACGGAGGCUCGCGUGACCCAGGAGCUGAGAGCACUGGGCAGUGCCGAACAGAGGCCGGAGGCUGAGCCGCUCCUGACCUUUGUGGUGUCUGCCUCCCAGGCUGACCAGGCGCUCACUGUGACCCCACUCCAGGAUUCCCAAGGCCUGUUCCCUGAUCUCCAUCAUUUCUUACAGGUUUUCCUCCCUCAAGCCUUUCGCAAUCUCCUUAAGUGAAGCCUGGCACCCGAAAGGGCAAUAAAGCUGCUGGUUUAAUACAC